CCAAUUUUUUCUGUUGAUAUUCAUCCCGAUGGGACCAAGUUUGCAACUGGAGGGCAAGGGCAAGAUUCUGGGAAGGUUGUGAUCUGGAAUAUGGCUCCAGUCCUCAAAGAGGAAGAUGAAAAGAAUGAAAAUAUUCCCAAGAUGCUUUGCCAGAUGGACAAUCACUUAGCCUGUGUGAACUGUGUUCGAUGGUCAAACAGUGGGAUGUAUUUAGCUUCUGGGGGAGAUGACAAACUGAUUAUGGUGUGGAAGCGGGCUACGUACAUUGGCCCCAGCACCGUUUUUGGCUCCAGUAGUAAGCUUGCCAACGUGGAACAAUGGCGAUGUGUGUCGAUUCUCAGAAGCCAUUCAGGUGACGUGAUGGAUGUUGCUUGGUCUCCUCAUGAUGCCUGGCUCGCGUCCUGCAGUGUGGAUAACACUGUUGUCAUCUGGAAUGCUGUGAAAUUUCCAGAAAUUCUUGCCACUUUACGGGGCCAUUCUGGUUUGGUGAAAGGGCUGACCUGGGAUCCUGUUGGGAAGUAUAUUGCUUCUCAGGCUGAUGACCGUAGUUUGAAAGUGUGGAGAACCAUGGACUGGCAACUGGAAACAAGCAUCACCAAACCCUUUGAUGAGUGUGGAGGGACGACCCACGUUUUACGUCUCAGCUGGUCGCCUGAUGGACACUAUCUGGUCUCUGCUCAUGCCAUGAAUAAUUCAGGACCUACUGCUCAGAUCAUUGAGAGGGAUGGCUGGAAAACCAACAUGGACUUUGUGGGCCAUCGGAAGGCAGUAACGGUGGUGAAAUUCAAUCCCAAAAUCUUCAAGAAGAAGCAGAAGAAUGGGAGCUCAACCAAGCCAAGCUGCCCGUAUUGCUGCUGUGCCGUCGGCAGCAAGGAUCGGUCCCUCUCUGUCUGGCUCACGUGUCUGAAGCGGCCCCUAGUGGUCAUCCAUGAGCUAUUCGACAAGUCGAUCAUGGACAUCUCUUGGACUCUAAAUGGACUCGGCAUCUUGGUGUGCUCUAUGGACGGCUCUGUGGCCUUCUUGGAUUUCUCCCAAGAUGAACUUGGGGAUCCCCUGAGCGAGGAGGAGAAGAGCCACAUUCAUCAGUCCACCUACGGGAAGAGCCUUGCGGUGAUGACGGAAGCUCAGCUCCCCACCACCAUAAUUGAGAACCCCGAGAUGCUCAAGUACCAGCAGAGGCAGCAGCAGCAACUGGGUCACAAGAAUGCAGCGUCCCGGGAAGCUGGCUCCAACCCCAAAGUGGCCAGCAUGGUGAAUGGGGAGAGCCUAGAGGACAUCAGAAAGAAUCUCUUAAAGAAGCAAGUGGAAACACGGACAGCCGACGGCCGCAGGAGGAUCACGCCCCUCUGUAUAGCUCAGCUGGACACUGGGGACUUCUCCACAGCCUUCUUUAAUAGUAUUCCUCUCUCGGGAUCGCUGGCGGGCUCCAUGCUGUCUUCUCAAAGUAACCAGCAGCUCCUGGCACUAGAUUCCAAUGCCACCAACUCCCUCGGCACAUCAAAGCCUUCCUUGGAGCCUGUGGCAUCAAGCUUGAAGCCCGCGGGGGAUGCCAUCAACAAAGACAGUGUAAAUGCUACCUCGGCUGCAGCCGUCCCUCCCACAUCCUCAACCUCUGUGUUAACAACCCCAUCCAAGAUUGAACCAAUGAAAGCGUUCGAUUCCCGAUUUACUGAACGAUCCAAAGCCACCUCAGGGACCGGGCCUGCCACAAUCACGAAUGUGAACCAGACUGCCGUGGACCGGUUGAAAGAGCAAAACUUAGUAAAAGAGACGAAAGUCAAGGACAUCCUAGAGAGCAGCAGCGACAGCGAUGAGAAGAUCCCAGUUUCCAAGUCCUCUUCCCUGCCCAAGCGGAAGCUGGAUCUCGAAGGGGAGAUUGUGGAGAAGAAGAAGAAGGGCCGCCCUCGGAAGGACACGCGCCUCCUACCUGUGGCUCUGUCUGUGCAGUCCCCUGCUGCACUGACGGCCGACAAAGAUGCCCUCUGCGUGUCUACCCCAGCCCUAGCUCUUAAACUGCCGACACCAGCCCCACAAAAGUCCUUCGCCUUGCAGGUGAGCUCUGACCCUUCCCUGUAUAUCGAAGUGGAGAACGACGUAACAGCGGUGGGAGGCUUGAAGCUGAGCCGCUUAAAGUGUACGCGGGAAGGAAAAGAGUGGGAGACCGUCCUCACGAGCCGGAUUCUCACCGCCGCUGGCAGCUGUGAUGUGGUCUGCGCUGCCUGUGAGAAGAGGACCCUGUCCGUGUUCUCUUCCUGCGGUCGCCGCCUGCUGCCUCCAAUCGUCUUGCACUCCCCCGUCUCCACGCUCCAUUGCACAGGGCCCUACAUCAUGGCCCUCACUUCCGCUGCCACCUUGUCUGUGUGGGAUGUCCACAAACAAGUCGUCGUCAUCAAAGACGAGUCUCUGCAGACCAUCCUUUCAGGAAGUGACAUGACGGUGUCCCAGAUAUUGCUGACCCAGCAUGGCAUCCCCGUGAUGAAUCUGUCCGAUGGGAAGGCCUACUGCUUCAACCCCUCCCUUUCCACGUGGAAUCUGGUUUCUGACAAGCAGGAUUCCUUAGCCCAGUGUGCAGACUACAGGAACAGCUUACCGUCCCAGGAAGCCAUGCUGUGUUCGGGGCCGCUGGCUAUCAUCCAGGGACGCACGUCCAAUUCAGGAAGACAAGCGACUCGGUUGUUCUCUGUGCCUCAUUUGGUCCAGCAAGAGACCACCUUGGCCUACCUGGAGAGCCAGAUGGCAGCAGCGCUGACAUUACAGUCCAGCCACGAGUAUCGCCACUGGCUCCUCAUCUAUGCACGGUACCUCGUUAAUGAAGGGUUUGAAUAUCGGCUACGAGAGUUAUGCAAGGAUCUGCUGGGCCCGGUCCAUCACUCCACGGGCAGUCAGUGGGAAUCUACAGUGGUGGGCUUACGGAAGCGAGAACUCCUCAAAGAGCUGCUCCCAGUCAUCGGGCAGAACCUGCGCUUCCAGCGAUUGUUCACGGAGUACCAGGAGCAGCUGGACAUCCUGAAAGACAAGUAGCCGCCCCCGCUCUGUGGAGGUGGCCUGCUCCAGGAGGAGCGGCUCCUCGGCUCCAGCCUCCGACACAGCCGCGUCUCACCCGACGGACGGCCAGACGGCCGCCCUGCCCUCCCGAUGCGAGCCAGUGGGAGGGCGUCGUCUUUGUCCAGGGAGACCGCGGCAGGCGCGUGACAUCCAGACGUGCGGAUGGCCCGGGCCUCCUUCCUCUCCGGAGCAAGGUCCCGGGACUGCGGGGAGGCCCGGGCCCCGGGAGACUCACCACGACUUGUUGGGGAGGCAGAGGGAGACGGCCACCUCCCUGCCCGGUGACCGGCACGGCUCUCUGGAGCCUGUCGGAGCCGGCGGCCGCGGGCAGGGCCGGGGCCCGUGAGCUCGGCAGGCUCCGGGGCCUGCCCUGUGGACGGCAGAGGCGCCAGCAGCCCAGAGACUCCCCCCGAGAGAAAGGCUGCGCUCCCCCUCGUGAGAGAGGACUUUUCUUGGCCAAUAAUCAGGAUUUCCUAUGGGGCACGUGGACACUUGUCACCCGUAGGACGUUGCAACUCUAAUUAUGACAGCUACGUUGCUCAGUAAUUGUACCAAAAUUAACCUGUCCUCAUUUGGUUUUUAAUUUUUCAAUGUUUGUAAAAGAGACCGUUUUUCUGGGAAGGGACAAGGGGUGGGCGAUUCUUUUUGUAAGUAUAAAAUAAAUGAACAGCAUUGGAUACAAAACC